AUCACUGCAAAUGACCAACCAAGCAAGUCAUAUUGGGCAAGGAUCGCUGAGCACUUCCACGACUACAAAUGUUUUGAGUCUGAUAGGACUGUUGCUUCGCUCGAGAAACGAAUGGGAGGCAUACUGAAGGGCUGCAUGAGAUUUCAAGGAUUCUACGACGAGAUCGAGCGUCGACAUCCAAGUAGUAUUCCUUACACUGAGCAUAUAAAAGAAGCUCAAGCUCGAUAUGCUCAAUGUGACCCCAAAAACAAGUCCUUCGCCUUCAUCCACUGCUGGUUGGAGGUUAGGCACACCGAGAAGUUCCUAUCUCUACAAGAUACCAUGAAGCAAUCAAAGAGGCCAAGCACAUCAGACAAGAGUGCUACACCAGCUGAAGAUGAAGGAAAUGAAGGAGGUCAAGACUCGACACUAGCUAACUCUUCCAUGCCUCCUGCCAAGCAAGAUCGACCUCCAGGCCGGAAAGUCGAAGGAGAAGUGAACUUUCUACAUCUUUUCUUGCAGCUUCUUGUGCCACCGUGA